CCAGCUCUCCACGUGCUGGCUUUGUCAGGGCUCAGUCUAUGCAGCUGUGGCCAGCAGAAGACAAGGGCGCUGCCAGGGAGGCAGGACCCCAGCUCAGGUUGAUCAGAGUCUGGAAGCACAGUUCAGCCCUUGACAUCCCUGAAGAGAUCCGUCAGCUUCCUGCCUUCUGGGACCCAGAGGAGCUCCUCCGGAAGCUGUGCCUCUGAAAGCAUGCCAUCCUACAAGGUUGCCUGGUCGGAGCAGAGGGAGCCAUGAACUCCUCUUGUUUGUUUUAAAAUGUCUUUCAUCUCCAAGGGAAGUCGCUUGCCCUGGAAUCCCCGCUCUUCUCUGAGGCCCCACUGACCUCCAACCUCAAUUCCAAGGCACCAGACACCCCACUGUGUUUUCAGCAGAGAACAUGGUGAUCCUCAGCCACAGCAGAAGCUUCCAGAGCACCUCCUAGGCUGAGAUCCCCAGUAUUUUCUAAGCUCCGCUUCCAGCUGACUGGGCAAGUGAUUUUCAAUAGAUCCCUCAGGUACCUGUCCGUCAAUGCUUGACAGCCCCAUAGGAGAGGGCAACAGCACUGGAUAACUGGAACCCCCUGGCCAAUCUCCUGCAGAGCCCAGUGAGUUUCUCUAUGAAGAUGGAAUUGGAUGGGAGCUCCUCAACCCCCCAAGAAGCCAUUGCUCCUCAUGGGGCACCUGGUGCUGGGCCUUCUCCACUGGGGAAGCCUCAAGCACUGCCCAUCGGGUCAGGUCCCCACCGAGGGGCUCCUGGCAGCCCAGCUGUAGCAGGGGACAUCCCCUUAGGUGAACCAAGUGGCAUGAAGAUCCCCAACCGGGACAGUGGGAUUGACAGCCCAUCCUCCAGUGUAGCUGGUGAGAACUUCCCCUGUGAGGAGGGCAGUGAGGGCUACCCAGGACCUGCCAUUCUGAGACUGCACCCUGAGGCAGCUGUGGACAGCCAGGCCCCACAAGACACCCCCCAGAAGGAGACGGACAGUGGCCUUGGCAAGGGGCCUGAUUCCAAGAUCACCCCUCCCAAGGCCAACGAGGAUGCCAGCCUGGCUCAGUGCUCCGACUCACAGAAGCUGUUCCACAUUGCCCAGGAGCUCUUGAGCACAGAGGAGGCGUAUGUGAAGCGGCUGCACCUGCUGGACCAGGUUUUCUGCACCAGGCUGACAGAAGCAGGGAUCCCUCCAGAAGUCACCACUGGCAUCUUCUCUAACAUCUCCUCCAUCUACCGAUUCCAUGGGCAGUUCCUGCUGCCUGAGCUACAGACACGGAUCACCAAGGAGUGGGACACAAACCCUCGACUGGGAGACAUCCUGCAGAAGCUUGCUCCAUUCCUCAAGAUGUACGGCGAGUAUGUCAAGAACUUCGACAGGGCUGUUGGGCUGGUGAGCACGUGGACCCAGCGCUCUCUGCAGUUUAAGGAGGUCAUCCACAGCAUCCAGAAGCAAGAGGUGUGCGGAAACUUAACACUGCAGCACCACAUGCUGGAGCCUGUGCAGAGGGUCCCUCGCUAUGAGUUGCUGCUCAAGGACUACCUGAAGAGGCUCCCUGGGGAUGCCCCAGACCGGAAGGAUGCUGAGAGGUCCCUGGAACUCAUCUCCACAGCUGCUGACCACUCUAAUGCUGCCAUUCGGAAGAUGGAGAAGAUGCACAAGCUCCUGGAGGUGUACGAGCAGCUGGGUGGGGAGGAGGACAUUGUCAACCCAGCCAACGAGCUGAUCAAGGAGGGCCAGAUCCAGAAACUGUCAGCCAAGAAUGGCACCACUCAGGACCGACACCUCUUCUUGUUCAACAGCAUGAUGCUCUACUGUGUGCCCAAACUACGGCUCAUGGGCCAGAAGUUCAGUGUCCGGGAGAAAAUGGACAUCUCUGAUCUCCAGGUACAAGACAUUAUGAAACCAAACGCAGCACACACAUUCAUUAUAACAGGAAGAAAAAGGUCUCUGGAGCUUCAGACUCGGACAGAAGAAGAGAAGAAAGAAUGGAUUCAGGUCAUUCAGGCCACCAUAGAGAAGCACAAACAGAAGAGUGAGACCUUCAGAGCCUUCGGUGGUGCCUGCGGCCAGGAUGAGGAGCCCAGCCUAUCUCCAGACCAACCUGUCCUGAGCACAAGUUCUGUGGAGCCUGCAGGGGUCACAGACAGCAGUGGGGGUACUGCAGGGAUCGAGUCCAGAAAGUUGUCCUCUAAGAGCAGGCGUGACAAAGAGAAGCCGAGCUGUAAGAGCUGUCAUGAGACCUUCAACUCCAUCACCAAGAGGAGACAUCACUGCAAGCUGUGUGGAGCGGUCAUCUGUGGGAAGUGCUCCGAGUUCAAGGCUGAGAACAGCAGGCAGAGCCGUGUCUGUCGAGGGUGUUUCCUUACAGAGCCCACAGUCCCCACGAGUCCCAGCACUGAGGCUCCCACUGAGCUCAAGCCAAACACAGAGAAGCCACCCUCUGUGGAUCCCCAGCCUAGCCUGCUCUGUGGCUCACUGCGUCUAUCAGACAAUGGUACAGCCUGGAGUGAAGUGUGGGCAUCCAUCCCUGAGUCAGAUCCCCAGGUGCUGGACCUGCAAGGAGACAGCCAGGUUGUUGGGCUGCCAUGUACCAUUCCUCUCCCUGGCUGCACUGUGAGUGUGCCUGACCCUGAAGCGGGGCUGGAUGCAGGGCAUGUCUGGAAGCUGCAUCAGGGCCCAAAGACCUGGUGGCUGAGUGCCCCCUCCACAGAGCUUCAGCAGUGCUGGCUGGAAGCUCUGAGCACCGCUGCCCAAGGGGACACAACUGGGGUCAGCCCAGGCCCCUUUCAGCCCCAGGCCCCAGCAAGCACCGACACUCCAUGAACAGAGCCUUCUAUGGCCCUUUGCAUUGCUGCCUUGGGCCUAUGUUCUCUUCUUGGUGACAUUAGAAGCCAUGUGAAGGAUUGAAGGACUCCUGGGACCACUGAGGAUGGACUGGUGGCCUAGAGACCAGGAGAGUUGGCCCUGGAGGGUCCCUAUACUUUGGGGGGCAGAAAACUGGGGCCUAGAGUAGAUACAGGUCCAGGGGUACCCCACAAAUCUUAGACAAAGGCUCAGCCUCUGGCUCCAGCCCCAGCAUUGUGGUCAGAUCAGGGAGCCCAGUCACCACAAAGCAAAUGUGGCCUGAGCAGACUAUGUGGUGACACUGGCCCCAAAAGACACAAAUAGGUUGUAUGAACACUGCCCAGUGGCCUUGUCUAGCCUGGUGUGCAGUUGCCCUAGGUAAGGCACGGCUGCCUGUGGCCUGUCAUGGCCAUUGCCCAUCUGUUCCCAUUGAGUGAGCUGAACCAUGACUAACUCCCCUGGGCUCCACUUCCCCACUCUGCCCUCUCCUGAAGCCUCGCCUCACCCACUUCCCCUGUUGAGUACUUUGGAGAGCAGGGAGCAGAGGGCCUGCUUGUCCCACCAUUCCCAGACAGCCACACUCAGAAGCUUUAUAGGGAGGUUUGUCCUUCCAUCUGUGUGGCAGGCUUGUGAGAUUUGGAGCUGGCCCCUCUGUGGGCAGAAGCCAUGCUUGUCAGCAUAAAUAAAUACUUGCUGUUAGCAAGUGGA